AUGAUAACAAAAGAAGAUAUCCAACGACAAGAAAGAAUAGGAAGAACCAGAAAAGAAAGACAAAAGUCUGAAGAAGUAAAAUCCGAAUCGGAAUCAGUAAAACAGUCAGAACAACGAAGAUAUAUAACACCAGGUAACUUUUACACAUUCAAACAGUUACUAAAAGAAACAACAUUACCAGAAAUAAAAGGAACAGGACGAAACAGUCUAUUAACCUCGGCAUUACGAAUAAAAGAGAAUCUUGAAGCGGAACGACAUAAUAUUGAAAACAUUCCGGAAACUGACAAUAAUAUCGAAAGAAGAAAUCGAUGGGAUUAUUCUGCGAAAAGGAAUGGUAUGAAACAAAAAAAAGAACAGUUUAGAACAUAUUAUAACGGGUUAAUGAGAAAACCAAAAAAUAUUUUGCAACAAUAUCUUUGUUGUAAAUGUGGAAGAAUGAUUACCAGAGAAGAACUGGGGUGGGACUACACCGAGAACGGACCACGGAUGCCAAAACGGAAACGCUAG